GGCCGGCCAUGGCAGGGGCCGGAGGCGGCGGCUGCCCCGCGGGCGGCAACGACUUGCAGUGGUGCUUCUCGCAGGUCAAGGGGGCCGUCGACGAGGACGUGGCGGAAGCUGACAUCAUCUCAACCGUUGAAUUCAAUUACUCUGGAGAUCUUCUCGCGACGGGAGACAAGGGCGGCAGAGUUGUUAUUUUUCAGCGGGAACAAGAGAACAAAAGCCGCCCUCACUCCAGGGGAGAGUAUAACGUUUACAGCACCUUUCAGAGUCACGAACCAGAGUUUGACUAUUUGAAAAGUCUAGAAAUUGAGGAAAAAAUUAAUAAAAUUAGGUGGCUACCACAACAGAAUGCUGCUCAUUUUCUACUCUCUACAAAUGAUAAAACUAUUAAAUUAUGGAAAAUAAGUGAACGGGACAAAAGAGCAGAAGGUUAUAACUUGAAAGAUGAAGAUGGACGGCUUCGAGACCCAUUUCGAAUUACAGCACUGCGGGUUCCAAUAUUGAAGCCCAUGGAUCUUAUGGUAGAAGCAAGUCCACGGCGAAUUUUUGCAAAUGCUCACACUUAUCAUAUAAAUUCCAUUUCGGUAAAUAGUGAUCAUGAAACGUAUCUUUCUGCAGAUGACCUGAGAAUCAAUCUAUGGCAUUUAGAAGUCACAGACAGAAGCUUCAACAUCGUGGACAUCAAGCCCGUGAACAUGGAGGAGCUGACGGAGGUGAUCACCGCGGCCGAGUUCCACCCGCUGCAGUGCAACGUGUUCGUGUACAGCAGCAGCAAAGGGACCAUCCGACUGUGCGACAUGCGCUCCUCGGCCCUGUGUGACAGACACUCCAAGUUUUUUGAAGAGCCUGAAGACCCCAGCAGUAGGUCCUUCUUCUCAGAAAUCAUCUCCUCUAUCUCUGACGUAAAAUUCAGCCACAGCGGUCGGUACAUGAUGACCCGGGACUACCUGUCGGUGAAGGUGUGGGACCUCAACAUGGAGAGCCGGCCCGUGGAGACCCACCAGGUGCACGAGUAUCUGCGAAGCAAGCUUUGUUCUCUGUACGAAAACGACUGCGUCUUCGACAAGUUCGAGUGCUGCUGGAGCGGCUCAGACAGCGCGAUCAUGACGGGGUCCUACAACAACUUCUUCAGGAUGUUCGAUCGGAACACGCGGAGGGACGUCACGCUGGAAGCUUCCCGGGAGAACAGUAAGCCUCGAGCCAGCUUAAAGCCUCGGAAAGUGUGUACAGGCGGCAAGAGAAAGAAGGACGAGAUCAGCGUGGACAGUCUGGACUUCAACAAGAAGAUCCUGCACACGGCCUGGCACCCGGCGGAGAACGUUAUCGCCGUGGCCGCCACCAACAACCUGUACAUCUUCCAGGACAAGGUCAACUAAGGAAGCCAGCGCGCGGACUGAGCCCGGCCGUCUUCUCGGAGGAGGGGCGCUGUCCUCCCCGUGAGGGGCACGCGGUGCUGCCGCUCCCCUUCGCAGACGGGACGGGCGGCCUCCACCUGCAGCAGGCCGGGCGCGGGCCGCUGCUCCGCGGACCCCCGCUCGGCGCGCAGUCGGGGGACAGUGCUCAGUGAAGGCCGUUACUCGGAACACGUGUAUUUAUUCAGUCUGAGCCUUCCUUUCCGGUUUGCAGACCGAAAGGUUCACGCCCCAGAGGAAAGUUGUCUGACGGAACAUCUCUCUUUCUGAAACUCUUGCCCCCCCGGCCCCCCAUCACACUCGGGCCUUCACACGUGCGUGCCAUCCUGCCCCCGCCCCUCCGCCGUCCUCCGAGCCCGGGUGGCCCUGUCGAGGGCGUGGUUCCCCGAGCAGGUCCGCAGCUUUAUACCCCCCACACCUGUACCUGCCAUCGCAGCCUCGGGUGUGACCACUGAAUAAAACAACACACUAUAAAAAGUGGUUUUAAAUCCAA